CAAAGCUUUUCGAGUUAAAUAAAUUUUUCAUAGUUUGAAUGCCAAAGUACUCACAAAAACAAUUAGACUUGUUUUGUAAAACAAACGCAAAAUAAGAAAACCAGUAGAAACACGAAACAUCGUGUUAGCAUAAGAAUGUUGAUUGAUUCGAUAUAUUAUUUAACUCAGUGAAAAACGAACCAAUGCCCCAUUCAACGAAUACGGCGAUAUCACUGUAUCAAGAUAUCCUUACCAUGAAGCUGCUUAUUCUAAUACUGGCGACUUUGACCGGGUCGCUCCAAGCCCAAAAGGCUUGUCCGAGAAUCGCGAAGUCAUGCACGGACCACAUGGUGUCCGGUAGCACGACCGACGGCUACUACCAGCUGGUGGAUAAUAAUGGCAACACCUACACAGUCUACUGCGACUUCAACUCUGAACCGGGAGUGGCCUGGACCCUGAUGAUGUCAUUCAGCCUUGCCAACAAUGCCUUGCCCCAAUUCCAAAGCACACCGUUGACCCUUGAUGCGCCGGUGAACGAGAAAUCUCCAAACUGGCUGGCGUACAGGCUUCCGCUGGCACAGAUGACGGCACUAAGGGCUCAGUCCUCUCACUGGCGUGUCACGUGCAGCUUUCCCAAAUAUGGAGUCGACUACAGGGAUUACUUGAGAGCGAGUCUGGUGGACUUUGACCCCUUGAGUUUCCUUGGUCAUAAAGUUUGCAAAAAAGUGGAAUACAUCAACAUCCGAGGUCACGCUGCAGCUGAAACCAUCGCCCCCUUUUGGCAAGUCGUCAAGGCGUAUUUGGUUCACAUCGACAGCAGUUUUAAUACUCAAGACAGUGGCUGCGCUUUCUCCGCAAAUCCCGGUUCUGUUUCAUACGAGGAUAACUUCGGGUAUUAUGGGAGUGUGAAUAACAAGUUCAGAUGCACCGAGUCUCCCUCCUCUACCACUCAGUACUGGUUUGGCAAGUAGCUUCACACCUCAAAA